AUGGCAGCGGCGGCCCGCAGACGCCAUGGCAACAUGCCCCAAAGGCGGGCGACUUUGUUGCCGCGGGGGUUCCAGCGCUCCAUGGCCAAACAGGUGACAUCGACAGCACCGGAGAGACGGCCUACUGGGAUGACUGAGCCUACUGGCCCAAACAUGGUAACCACAGCAGGGGCACCGAGGCAGACAACACAGCAGGUAAUAUGGAAAGGGGGGAGGGGGGAGAGAAAGGGGUGUAGAAAAGAGAGAGAGAAGGGUAGAGAUAAGAAUGUAGAGCCAUAAAGAUGUAGAAAGGGGCAGAGGGGGAUCGAAAGAAAUAGAGAAUUGGAGAGAAAGUGAGAGAUGGCCAUUUUAUGUGUUUUGUGCAUGGACUUUGUAGAAAGUGUUACACCAAUUAGGUUGACAGGAAGUUGAAGUGUUGGAGAGUUUCUCUUACUCUGAUAAUACUGGUCCAUCUUUGUCUGUCUCCCUGUAGCCUGGCACUAUUCAGUCCUGUGGGAUAGAAAUGGGGCCAGGUUGGACAUUUAUCUGCAAAAACAAGAUGUCCCCCUCAUCCCCUCAGCAGCGUCAAAGUCACCCUGACCCACCCAUCGCUCCUUUGACAGUCUGCCAGACAGAGCCCGACAUACAGAGUUCUUAUGGUUGUACCCUAAGAUAUCAUAAAGUAAUUAAGUACAGCGGUAUGCCAAAGUUGCUGCUCUCAUAAAUGUACACUUCUCUCCUCAGGAUGGGUCCAUAGUGGGAAGAACAGAGAGGCUGAUGGGAAAGACAGAACUACAGCAGCUUCACUGGAGAGAAUCAGGUAGGCCAAGUCAGUUUCAGAAAAUAAUGACAUCCCUUGGAUAGUAAUGCUCAGUCUUAUGCGUUCGCUCAGACCUAAUGUGUCCAUUUUAGGACAGAGCCAACUCCAAGUCAUCCACUUACCUUCCAUGGAUGUGUGGCUGUUCUAAUAUGGACACCGUACAAACCAAAACAGGAUUUUCAAGACCUGAUUAGCAACAGUUAAUCAGUGAAGUGAAUGCAGAUUAAAUAUGACCAUAAGUGCUGAUGAAAGGGACUGGUAAUUUGCUAGCAACUUACAUAGCAACGAGACCUGGCUGAGACAAGCAAAAACAGUAAAGCGAAACUGACAGACAUUUCAACUGACUUUUUUAAUACAUUGGCAUUGACAUCAAAUGCCCACACUGGUCUUGUAAUAUCAACAUAUUAAAAUUCAAAUAACUACACAGCAAAUUGGCCAGUGUUACUUUGUAGCAUAUUAGGUUUAAGAAAAGACCUGGUAGACUAAGGCCAUUUUCCAUAUCCUCAGGAUCCAUCCAGAGUCCCAGAGGAUUCUGGGCAGUUCCUGUGUAGCCACUGUGCGUCUGGAGCGUCUGAGGAUCAAACUUGACCCAGGACAGUCAGUUGCCCUGUCAAUGGUACAGCCACUGGUGUCUUUGGUGUCAUUGUUACGCCAACCACACUCAGAGUUGCUGACUGAGGACGCUGUGGCCUCUCUGCCGGCGGUCAUGACCCGAGAGGAGCAUGUCCAACAGGUACAGACCAUAGAGUUGGAUAGAGGGCGCACUUGCCACAAAGCCUGCAUGCUUUACCAUGAAAUAUUACCAUAGGUGCUGAUGAAAGGGACUGGUAAUUUGCUAGCAACAUACGUAGCAACAAGACCUGCAGCGCCAUUGAGGACUUUCAACAUUUUGAAGCCGUCAACUGGGUGGGACUUCGUAUGGGUAAACAAGUGAUCACAGAAUUCCAUACGAGUCAGCCGGAGGGAUCAGCCAAUUAAUUAAAGCCCUGAGCAAACAUUCCAUCACUGCAUGUGGCAGUAAAUCACCAACCUUGGCUUUAUGCCUGUUCUGACAGCAUCGAUCCAGAUGGCACUAUUCACCCUUUCAGUUUGUUUAGUGACUGACAAUAAACUCCUAGAAGUUGAAAAAGAAGGAAUUGUCUACUUUAAAAUAGCCCUCAAUGGUGCUGCACAUGCUGUCACAGAAGUCAUUAUGGCAAAGAUGCAAAGAAGGGUCCUGUAUCUACCUCUACAGAUUCACCUGGUUCCCCACAUAUUUUAUCAUGUUUCGAUACAGUGUAACAAAUACAUCAGUGCUUUAAAAUGUCCUACUGUAUUAGACGAGUCAGACGUUUAAUUCCUAAAUCAGGGUUUGACGUCAGUGAAAGAGUCGCAUCAAUGGACGUUUCUCCAGUUAGGAUUCGGCCACCUCAAAUCAAACUGGGUUAGAGAGGUCACACAGUUACAGUUAUUGCCUGGGAUUCAACGUUUGAAAUGGCUUUCCUCCAUGACCAUCAACCAAGCUGAUCUGUCCCUGUCCCAUAGAGUAAUGUGUUUAUUGGCCAAUUCUAUACAUUUGACUUGAUGUUCCUGUUUGUCUUCUAUUUGAAGACAGGGUCCAGUCUGGAUAUGCAGCAGAGUUCAGAGAACAGAGAAGAAGAGUCAUCUGGAUCAGAAUCAGGGGCCUCAGGGAUGGAGCCGACACAAAUACAGGGGCCCCUCUGGACUGAACCACCACAACUUCAGGAGAGACCUGUACCCCCAUCGCCCCCUAUAGGACACCUUCAGGAGAGACCUGCACCCCCAUCGCCCCCUAUAGGACAAGCACCAGAAUCAGAUCUAGUACUGGACUUGGAGUCUGAAUCUGAGUCUGAAUUGGUUCCGGGUCUGAAAUCUGGCUCCGAUUCAGAUUCAUUGGAAAUGGAAUCAGACCUGGAGCCAGAACCAACGUCAGAACUGAAUCUGUCAAUGGAGUUGGAUCCAAAGUCGGAAUCAGAAACAAAACUGGAAUCCGAUUGGGAACCUGCAGAUGGGGAGGACAGUAAGGUGGGUCAUGUGGAGCAGUGUGCACCCAUCGAUGGGUCUAUAGUGUCCCAGGAGCCACCUGAGAAGGAGGAAGGGGCAGCAGGGAUGGAGAGUGAGGAUUUCUGUGCGGUGUGCUUCAAUGGGGGCGACUUGCUGUGCUGCGAUGGCUGCCCUAAGGUCUACCACCUCUCCUGCCACAUACCACCCCUCCAAAGCUCCCCGCUGUAUGUAUUAAGAUGCCAUUGUCGGUGUUUAUUAACAUUUUAUAAUGAUUUCUUCUAAACAUUUUUCCAAUUAGAGCUUCACAUCCUUUGAAUUUUAGUGUAUCCCACACAUUUUACAUGUGGGGAUACAAUUUCAUUAAUGUGUAGUAUACUGUAGCGCAGACCCGGCGCCAAAACAAAUCAGUUGGACGUGCCUUUGAUUUCCAUAGGCGGGCCCGUUUUUUCACGGAACCUCCUAUGUGUGCACGCGCUUGCACUCAUUUUUUAGCAAAGACAAUAGGCAGCUGGUGAGUUUCAAGUUUGGGGAAGCUUACAAUUUAUACUACCUUUUCUACCAAUCUGCGUGCCAGUUAUGAUUAUUUUAUAUGCAGAUUUUCGUGGAACAGUUUCAUUUCAAUAAUAACGUUUUCGUUUCUCAAAAUCAUUGUCACAUGGUUAAAAAUAAAAAUCUGAAGUAAAAUGAUAAAAAUCUAAAAGUUAAAAUUCAGCUAUGGCGAGAGCACUAGCCUCUGCCAUAUGGACACAUUGAUACACUGUGAUCCAUUGGCAGCUAAAGAAAUUAGCGCAUAGAACUCAGAGAUAGCCUAUAGGCCAAUGCAGCAGUAGGCCUAUAAUGCCCAUCAACUAAGUAAAAUACAUAGGCCUAAAGCUGACAAAUAAAAAAGUAGAACAUAUCCUGAUGAAAAUUCCAGUUCUUUCAAUCACAUUUAUCUCUCUUUUCUGCCUGUCUGCAUUCCUUUCUAUCUGUCUUGACUUGAGCUAUUGCUAGUGAAGUUCAACAUUGUAUCAAAUCAUCACAGGUUCCUGCCUGAAGAAGCAGUCGUUAACGAACUUGCAACAUUGUAUCAACUAGCCUAUUCCGGGCCCUUAAAGUUUCCUGCACCAGUGAGUGAGCUCGGGACAGAAAGCUGUUUUAAAUAACGUUUCCACUGGAAUACUGUAGGCUAUGGGAUCAUCAGAUCAUGAUACACUACAUGACCAAAGGUAUGGGUACCACCGUGCUUGUCUGGUCCACGAUCGUCGAGGAGGAGGAGGACCCAGGCGCAGCGUGAUAGUCGUACAUCUUACUUUAUUAAGUGCACACACGGACAAACAAAACAACAAACGAAUACGUGAAGGUCCACCGGUACUACACAAAACCAAAAAGGAACAAGAUCCCACAAAACACUGUGGGGAAAACUGGCUGCUAAGAAUGGCCUCCCAAUCAGAGACAACAAGCAACAGCUGAUACUCGUUGCCUCUGAUUGAGAACCACACUGGCCAACAUAGAAACACAAUACUAGAAUAGAACGUAGAACCAAAACACAUAGACUCUACACACCCUGGCUCAACAUAUUAGAGUCCCCAGAGCCAGGGUGUGACAUUGUCGAACAUCUAAUUCCAAAAUCAUGGGCAUUGAUAUGGAGUUGGUCCCCCCUUUGCUGUUAUAACAGCCUCCACGCUUUUGGGAAGGCUUUCCACUAGAUGUUGGAACAUUGCUGCGGGGACUGAUGUUGGGUGAUUAGGCCUGGCUCGCAGUCAGCGUACCAAUUCCUCCCAAAGGUGUUUGACGGGGUUGAGGUCAGGGCUCUGUGCAGGCCUGUCAAGUUCUUCCACACCGAUCUCGACAAACCAUUUCUGUCUGGACAUCGCUUUGUGCACGGGGGCAUUGUCAUGCUGAAACAGGAAAGGGCCUUUCCCAAACUGUUGCGACAAAGUUGGAAGCACAGAAUCCUCUAGAAUGUCAUUGUAUGCUGUAGCGUUAAGAUUUCCCUUCACUGGAACUAAGGAGCCCGAACCAUGAAAAACAGCCCCAGACCAUUAUUCCUCCUCCACCAAACUUUACAGUUGGCACUAUGCAUUCGGGCAGGUAGCGUUCUCCUGGCAUCCGCCAAACCCAGAUUUGUCUGUCGGACUGCCAGAUGGUGAAUCAUGAUUCAUCACCAGAGAACACGUUUUCACUGCUCCAGAGUCCAAUGGCGGUAAGCUUUACACCAUUCCAGCCGACAAUUGGCAUUGAGCAUGGUGAUCUUAGGCUUGUGUGUGGCUGCUUGGCCACGGAAACCCAUUUCAUGAAGCUCCCGACAAACAGUUAUUGUGCUGAUGUUGCUUCUAGAGGCAAUUUGGAACUCGGUAGUGAGUGUUGCAACCGAGGCAGAUGAUUUUUACGUGCUACACGCUUCAGCACUCGGCGGUCCCGUUCUGUGAGCCAUUGUUACUCCUAGAUGUUUCCACUUCACAAUAACAACACUUACAGUUGACAAGGGCAGCUCUAGCAGGGCAUACAUUUGACAAACUGACUUGUUUUAAAGGUGGCAUCCUAUGAUGGUUCCACGCUGAAAGUCACUGAGCUCUUCAGUACGGGCCAUUCUACUGCUAAUGAUUGUCUAUGGAGAUUGUAUGGCUGUGUGCUCGAUUUUAUACACCUGUCAGCAACAGGUGUGGCUGAAAUAGCUAAAUCCACUCAUUUGAAUGGGUGUCCACAUACUUUUGGCCAUUUGUAUUUUUCUCUUUCACACCGAGGCUUGGUGAUUAUCGAGGCCGGGAGUGUUAUAAAUAUUUAUCAAAUACUGAGGAACUAUAAUUUGCAAAUAAUGUUACAAAAAACAGAGUUUUUUUUACUUGUGUGAGGCGAAGAAAAAAUGACUGAGAAGCUCAGCUCAUUAGUGGUGGACGUGGUGAGUUAAGACCAGACAUCAAAACAUUUUUUCAAAACAAUGAGGCUGAUGCAACAGAUCAGAACGUUUAGCUUAAAAUGUUGAAACACUAUUAGGCUAUUUCUUCACAUUAUACACGCAGCAAUGCGUACACAGCAGCAUAGGCUAUAAAUGGGAAUAUUCCAAAAUGCAAUUAGCGGGAAAACGCCGUUCUCCAAAACACACCGCAUGUGUUGUUAAUAUGACUAGGAUUAUGUAUUUGGGUGCUGGACAACGAAAGAAAGCUGAGAACAUGAGAGAAAUACAGGUUUUAAUGGCAUUUGAGGAAGUGUUUAUAAAAUAAUCCCUUUAACAUUCCUAUGGUCGGAACACGGUAAAAUAUGCCUCAUAAAAUGACAAGUCCAGAUUUCAAACAAUUACGUUUAUGGUUAAAUCCUUUUAAAACGUUCAGAUUGCAAGGUGUGUGAUGUUGCGGUGCGCAACAGGCACCGGCCUUUCUCUCCUAUCUGAACAGUGCCUUAAGUAUGACAGAAUCAAGCCUUUAGAAAUUAAUAUUAAUUAUCCGACCUACAUUAUAUUUGUUAAAUAUGACUGGCGAUUAGCCUAUAUAUAUUUAAUUAAAAGUGUCAUGUCAGCAUCUGUCUGGACAUGACAGAAUAACCAAUACGCAUAGGCUAUCACCUACAAUUUGGCAUGUAGGCUAAUUAUGUAUAUUUACACACACUUAUGUUUUUCUUAACAGAAUAGCUAGUGUUAACAAAUUAGCUAUUUUGGUUAAUAACCUUGGUGCCCUAGCAGAUUGAGCACUUCUUGACGGCCAUUUAAUGGCCUUGCCCCUAAAAUCACGAAAUUCCAGAAAUCCUAAAUCAGACAUUGCAAAAUGGGCACUUUCCUACAUUUGCAUGCAGCAGGCCAGUUAGGGCUACUUCUAUGCGUGCUCAGGCGCGCGCGUUCCCUCAACGUUAUCAGGACAGCACUCCAAACAAAAGACAAAGAAAAUAUUAACAAAACUCGUAAUGGUUAUGAAUAAACCAAAACUUGUUUCUCACAAGUGUAGCAGGUUGUGAACUCUGCACAUAAUUUGGGCGAGAGUGAGCCCUCUCGCUUCGCGUCUUCCUCUCUGCUGAAACACUCUCGAUUGAUUAGUCUUUCUGUCGGCGUGCAUCUCGGUCAAAUACAUGAUCAAUAUUUAAAUAUUUUAUUUGGACUGGCACAGAGGUACGGUAGUGCGGGCCAGGCCCCCAAAGGCCCCGCCCAUAACGCCGGCCCUGCUGUAGUUUAAAACAAAACCAGUCUUGAGUUGGCAUUGUUGACAAUGUUCACAGAGCAACAAUAUAUGUUAUGUAACCAAUAACCAUACUGACAGUUUAUGUAAUACCGAAAGCCUCUGGAUUAGAUGAGGAAAUGGAACAAAUAUGAAUCUGACCGUCUCUCUCUCUCUGUCCCACAGGGGCGACUGGGUGUGCACAUUGUGCCGGAGUGACCAAGACCCUGGGGUGGGGUAUGACUGUGAGACCAUACACACCUCUACAGACCACCAGGGGGCAGGCACACCCUACACACUGUCAAGCCAAAACCAAAGAGUGGGUUAUGAUGAUGAUGAUGAUCUUGACUGUAUCUGUUAGGACAUUCUUUCCAUGUCAUACAGCAAGCAAGCAUACAAGUAUUCACAUAGACAGAUUUACAGCACAUCACAAACAUUACACAUACGUUAAAGGAGUCCAGAUAAGAGCCAGCUACAGUAUCUCUUUAUGAUUAGGGACUAUCAUGGUAUAAUCAAAUCAAGAUUUAUUUGUCACAUGCGCCGAAUACAUUACAUUUACAUUUGACAUUUUAGUCAUUUAGCAGACACUCUUAUCCAGAGCGACUUACAGUUAGGGAGUGCAUACAUACUUUUUUUAUUUUUCAUACUGGCCCCCCAUGGGAAAUGAACCCACAACCCUGGCGUUGCAAACGCCAUGCUCUACCAACAUCCCUAGAUGUAGACCUUACCUGUGAAAUGCUUACUUACAAGCCCUUAACCAUCAACUAAGGUAAAAAAUAAUAAGUCACAAAAUAACAAUAACGAGGCUGUAUACAGGAAGUACCAGUAUCGAGUCAAUGUGCAGGGACAGGUUAGUCCAGGUAGUUUGUACAUGUAGGUAGGGGUAAAGUGACUAUGCAUAGAUAAUAAACAGCGAGUAGCAGCAGUGUAAAAACAAAUGGAGGAGGGGGGGGGGUUCAAUGUAAAUAGUCCGGGUGGCCAUUUGAUUAAUUGUUCAGCAGUCUUAGAGCCUUUUGGUCCUAGACUUGGUGCUCCAGUACCGCUUGCUGUGCGGUAGCAGAGAAAACAGUCUAUGACUUGGGUGACUGGAGUCUUUGACAAAAGAGGGGAAUAGUGGGGUUCAGUAUGAUUUAGUUAUGUGUAUCUCUUUCUUUGCAGAGGUGUGAGAAGCUUACUCUUCUGCUGUCCAGCCACAUUCUCAGUGCUCCAUUCCAGGAGCCUGUCAGCCCACUGGUAAUAAGGCACUAAUCAUCUUCCUCCAAGUCUAUUGACGUAUCUUCCUCUAUUCAUGUCAUUUGUAUGGGACAAUGCCAACAAUACUCUGUGCUUCAAUGCUGUAAAUUAAAAGAGAGAAUAUCUCAUUCAAUAUGAUAUGGUAUGAUAUGUUGGGAUAAAAUGUAAUCGACUCUGUGAUUGGGCUCCAGGCUCGUCAUUACUACCAGAUCAUUAAGAGGCCGAUGGACCUAUCAGUGAUCAGGAGGAAGCUGGACCAGAGGAACACUCUUCACUACUUCACAGCCCAGCAGUUUGUGGACGACGUCCUGCUCAUGUUCAGGAACUGUGCAACGUUCAAUUACGUAGGUCAAAUCCAUAUUAAUUAAAUCAUUAUUUUGUUAGUUAUUUUAAAUAUUUUAAUGGUAAGACAAGGUACAUAAUAUUCAAUUUCCAGAAACUAAAACUAUACCUAUCUUUUGUCUUGCCAAUAAGCCAUAGGGAUUUCCCCAUAGACAUAAAGGAGCCUGGAACACAGCUAUUGAAUUUUUUAGUUUUUUACGUAAAUUCUCCUUCAUUGUGUUGAGAGUUGAACUCUGCAGCUCCCUUCAUGACAUCUGACCUCUUGACCUCUAGCCGGACUCGGAGGUCGCCAACGCAGGUCGUAACCUGGAGGUCUUCUUCCUGUCCAAGCUGAGGGAGGUGUUUCCCAGCCAAGCCUUUCCCACGCAGACCCAGGACAGAGCGAACAGGACCAGUCUCGCUUGGCUGAACAGGAAAAGGAGGGACUACCACAGGAAGAAGAAACGAGGUCACUUCCUUGAUGGGAAGAGACAUCACUUCUGA